CCGACAAGGGCCAUAUAGUCACCAUGGCUUCCGUCCCGAGUGUGCAAUGCUUCGGCAAGAAGAAGACGGCCACCGCUGUCGCCCACUGCAAGGUAUGAGAUAUUACUUUUUGUUUGCACCUGGAUAUCUAUCGUCAACGCCUUGGUUAUGAUUUCUGGCAUUUGGUUAUUGUGUCCGCGGGAUUCGGGUCGGGGUCGACAGUUCGAGAUGGUUGUCACGGUGGAUGUGUGGGAUCGGGCUAGAGAAUGAAGGAUGGCCCAUCGAGGAAGAGAAUGAAUGAAGAAAAGAUACUGGGGCCGAUUGCUGUUGCUUCACGACACUACAUUGCACGCCAGACAGAACCUGCACCCGACCCGAUCCCGAUUUUGAUUUUCGAUACACCACAAACUCGAGGAAGGGACAUGAAGCUAACAAUCGAACAGCAAGGCAAGGGUCUUAUCAAGGUCAACGGCCAGCCCCUCUCUCUGGUCCAGCCUGAGAUCCUCCGCUUCAAGGCCUACGAGCCCGUCCUCAUCGUCGGCGCUGACAAGUUCGCUGGUGUCGACAUCCGUGUCCGUGUCACCGGUGGUGGUCACACCUCCCAGGUUUACGCCAUCCGCCAGGCCAUCGCCAAGUCCCUCGUCGCCUACUACCAGAAGUACGUUGACGAGCACUCCAAGAACCAGCUGAAGCAGGCUUUCGCUCAGUACGACCGCACACUCCUCGUUGCCGACAACCGCCGCGCGGAGCCCAAGAAGUUCGGUGGACGUGGUGCUCGCGCCAGAUACCAGAAAUCCUACCGUUAAGCGAAGCGUUUUUU